CUUGACCAAAGCGACCUCAGGGCUUGCCCACACUUCACUUUUUCCGACUUCGUAUAUCGAGCCAACUCCAAAUUUUCUAUCAACAUCCGCGAAGUCACCUUCAGUCGCAAACCCCCCAAACCAGUCACAAUGUCGACCGCCGAGCUCGCUUCUUCCUACGCGGCCCUCAUCCUCGCCGAUGAUGGUGUCGAGAUCACUGCCGACAAGCUCCAGACCCUGAUCAAGGCUGCCAAGAUCGAGGAGGUUGAGCCCAUCUGGUUCUCUCUGUUCGCCAAGGCUCUUGAGGGCAAGGACGUCAAGGACCUGCUCUCCAACGUCGGCUCUGGCGGUGGCGCUGCCCCUGCCGCUGCCGGCGCCGCUGCUGGCGGUGCUGCCACCGAGGCUGCCGCUGAGGAGGCCCCCAAGGAGGAGGAGAAGGAGGAGUCCGACGACGACAUGGGCUUCGGUCUCUUCGACUAA